AUGUCGUCGACUAGUUUGUCAGCUCGGGACGCCGAGGAUAAGGGGCCGACUGCUCUCGCAGUCGUCAUUUGCGUGUCAGCGCUUAGCACUAUUUUCACCGCGGCAAGGCUUUUCACCAGGGGGAAGGUUCUCGGAAAAAUCGGUCUGGAUGACUACUUCAUCGUCGCGUCUGUGGUUUGCGGUUGGAUAAACGUAGCAACUGUAGCAGUCGCUGUUUCUUAUGGAUAUGGACGCCAUGCCGAUACCCUUACCGCCGAACAAAAGUCAGGUGCCAUACUCUGGAGCAUCGCCGGUUACCCGCCCGGACUACUGUCAUUCGGCAUUCCGAAACUCGCCGUUGUCGCCUUGCUCACACGAAUCCUCAACCCUAGUAGAUGGCACAAGAGGUUUCUUUGGGCCUUGUCUAUAGUCUGUGUGAUCAACUUGGUUGGGUUCAUCACAAUCAUCUUUGCUCAGUGUUCACCGGCGCGCUCCCAAUGGGACUCUUCCGUGGCCGGUACAUGUUGGAGCAAAUGGAUUCUUGUAUCCUUUGCCACUUACUCGGGAGCUUUCUGUGCCUUUGCCGACGUCUAUCUUUCGGUGUACCCCGCUGUUGUAUUAUCGAAACUACAAAUGAACCGAAGGAAAAAGAUUGCGCUCAGCAUAGCACUCGGAUUUGGGUCACUUUCAGCAAUCGUAGUCAUCUACAAGUGUCUCAAGCUUCCAAGCCUCACUAGUUCGGAUUACACAUAUGACACCGUAGAGCUUGUGAUAUGGACAAUUGUUGAAGGCAGUAUCAUCAUCAUAGCCGCAUGCAUACCCGUCCUGCAACCCCUCGGCGAACUCUUGUUCGGCAAACGCAUCUUCUCCUCGGGCGGCGGCAAAUACCUGUCUGGAAGCUCCAGAUCGAGACUCAGUGGCUGGGUGGGUUCGAAUAGGGGACUAUUCCGAACUCCCGUCGAGAAGGUUUCUCGAGAGAAAUUCGACGCGGACAGUUUCAACAGCAUUGCCAAGACGACUGUUGUUGGAAGGGGCAGUCAAGAGAGCAUCCUUGAGCAGCAAGACCCUGAUGGAAAGAUCGUACGAACGGAUGCGUUUACUGUCACUAUCGAAUUGAACAAGGCGGACAAGCCCUAA